AUGAUGCGCCUGGCCCUCUGCCUCUGGCUGUCUCCAGUGGUCGGGAGCCUCGGUUGGUGCACGGAGGGCCGCCAGGCCGGAGACCUCUGCUGUGGCCGGGUCUGCGAGAGCUGUGGGCCUUGCGGCUCCGAAAAGCGCAAGGACCGAAACCCCGGCGGCGGCGCCUGCUGCGAGGCCUAUUUGCGGCGGUUGGGCCGGCGUUGCCACUCGGCCCGGGACGUCUUUUGCCUGGUGCCAGCUGGGCAUCCGCCACGACGCCGUGGGAAUGAGAGCUGUGCGGCGGCCGUAUCUGGAAGCCUGCCGCUUCUUAGCGGUGCCUUUGUGGUGAAGGAGCCAAGCUUAUCGAAGUUUGAGCUUUACACGAAAGCCAUCCAUGCAUGGCAUGUUUGCACUGAAAUGCUUGGCUCGGCCUUCUGGGAGUUUCAGUUGAGCGGCUCAGAUUGGCCGAUACGGCGCAUGAAGUUUCGGCAUCGUAUCUUCGAAGAGGAAACCUUGCACGUCUUUCUGUGUGCCCCAAGCCCUUCACCGUACACCGCGGUCCUUGUGUCAAGCCGAGCUUGUGUAACCGUCGAGGCUCUAUUAAAGGAGGCUUUGCCAGUGACGCUUGACUACACAAAGCAGCUGAAUGGUGCGGUGAUGGACCAAGACAGCCCGAAAGGCACGGCCAAGUUUGUGUUGGGGGGAUGGGACAGGCACAAAGAGGUCGUUGAGAUGCUAGUGUCCUUGAAGCAGCGUGCGGUGCAACAUGAACUGACCCUAGAGACACCGGUGCUCCGGGCGGCUGUUUGCGUCGCGGGCCUUGCCCGCAGCUUCCACUUGCCUCGGGUGCACGAGUCCAUCGCGAAUGCCACCAGGAGCCUGAAAGCUGAAACUCAGAUUUUCUACGUGCUGGACCUGCAGGGGCGAUCUCUAGAAGAGUUCGAUCAAGGCUUCACAGCCUUGCCUCCGGACGGCAUGGUGCUUUACGAUGAGGUGCGCGGAACUGGUUUGAGGAUGGGGCAGUGUCAUUGGACAGCAGCAAAGUACGCUCAUAAGCAAUUUGAGAAGUUUCACAGCUGUCAGCAUCUCAUCACAGCGGCCGAGAAGGCACAGCGGCGACGUUUCGACUGGGUGUUGCGGUUGCGCCCAGACUUCGAGUGGCUGGCACCCAUAGGAAACCUCAGGGAGUUCACCACCGAAAAGGUGCACAUUGUCAUGCACUGGAUCCACCCAAAUAAGUUCCACGACACAACCGACUACUUCGCGCUUAUCCCGCGCAAGUACAUGGAGGCUUAUUUCAGCGUGGGCUGCCCACCACGAAGAUGGACCCGCAUCGCAGCCUUGGAGGACCUGUGCCACGGUCUCAUCUGUAACCAGUCGGACUGCACAGCGCAGCCCGAGUGCGCCUUGCUGCUUCAUCUCCGAGCCCAUGGCGUCCCCGUGGAGCCCUUCCCACCCAUCGUGAGAAUCUUGCGGGAGUCCACCUGCCACCCUGGAGACUUCAAGUGUCUCCACGGCUGGUGGGACCUGAGAGCAUUGGAACGGUACCCCGAACAGUGCUUCUUGUGCAAUUUGAUGUAA